AUGGCGGUGAUUGGGCACUGGCUGGUCGGCUUCCCGCUCUCGCGCCUGGUGCCGGACGCCUCGGUGGUGCUGCUUCUGAAGAUGUGCAUGCUCUCGGACAUGCUGGCGGGCGUCUUUCUGCUCUUCGGGUGGGAGCUCGCCUCGGCGUACCCCUGGUAUGCUCAGGAGCCGAUCGCCACCCAGGACCAGAUCGCUUUGUGGCAAGCGGAAGGCAAGUGGAGCCCUCGCCAGGACCCGAAUGCCGGCAUCUCGGGCUUCCACGGCUUCGCGGUGCUUUUUCCCUUCUACGUGGACCUCACGUUCUCGCACUCCGUGGAGGGGAUGGCGCUGGCGAGUCUGGUGGUGGUCCUUCUAGGUAGGAGCUACGGCAUGAGUUGGCCCACGGCGGCGGCGGUGUGCUUCUGCGGCAUCAGCCACCCAGUGAUGGACAUGUUCUUCCACGACGCCUACUUCCUGAUGGGGAACCGCGCCAAGACGCGGGUCUCCGCGGAGUUCUGGCACAUCCCCUACAUCGGCCCUGCUGCCUUCCUGCUGGAGCUGCUGAUGUGUUACCUCGGCUUCCACUUCUGGUGGUCCUCCCGCAGCCCCAAAUCCAAGGACGCGCAGGGUGAGGCGGAGAUCGCGAGGUACCUGCGGAUGUUUUGGGGGAUUUCUUUGAGCCACAACAUGGCGUCCUUCUAUAUCAUGUCCCCCGUGAUGUGCUGGGCAUUCUACAGAUUUGCGCCUGAGUUGCAGUUCCUGACCCCGGCGUCGUACUGGUCCUUCUGCCUCUUCGCAGUGGUGAUGUGGUCCUGGGCGCUGGCCUUGUAUCCCCUGCACAAGCUGGAGCAGCUGACUGUGAGGAAGGACUCUGAAGUGGAGGACCAGUACCUGAAGAUUGUGUGA